AUGGCGACCGGCCAGGCCGAUCUCAUCAGCAACCUCCCCGACGACGUGCUUGGCACCAUCGUCUCCCUUCUUCACACCAGGGACGGCUGCCGCACGCAGGCGCUCUCCCGCCGAUGGCGCCCCAUCUGGCGCGCGGCGCCGCUCAACCUGGAAGGAGGUGGCUCUCGGUUGCGCGAGCAGACCGUCUCCGGCAUCCUGUCCGGCCACCUCGGUCCUCUACGCCGCAUCUCCAUCUUUAUGAUCAAAUCCCUCCCCCGCCGCUACGACCUCCGCACGGGGCACCCGAUCGUCGACGACACCGGCGAUGCCAGGGUCGACAACUGGCUCGGCUCCCGGGACCUUGCACAUCUCGAGGCUCUCCGGCUCAGCUACGAAUACAACACUCACAACAGUACCCUGCCACCGUCCGUGUUCAGCUCUGCGCCCGCACUCCGCGUGGCCUCUUUCGGCCGCUGCCGUCUGCCGCCCAAACUGGCCGUGGACUUCCCGCUCCUCCAGCAGCUCACCCUGUGGAUGGUCACCCUAACCCAGGAGGCUCUGAACGCCGUGCUCUCCGGAUGCCCUGCGUUGGAGAUCCUUGGGAUGACCGAGAUUAGGGGUGUUGUCUGCCUCCGCAUCCGGUCCCGUACUCUCAGGAGCAUCAGCUUCCGUCACUCUAGCUAUGUACCUUCCCAAGAGCUGGUCAUCGAGGACGCCCCUUGCCUUGAGAGGGCAAGGUUGCAGCCAUUUGGCACAGAUAAUAGUGUGGUCACCUUCCGGGUAAUCCAUGCUCUUAAAUUGGAGAUGUUUUCUCAGGUAUAG